GCAUCGUCUAUCAGACUGUACCACUUUAAGCAAAAGGGGAAAUGUUUCGUUCUAUUCAAAAUAGUUUUCUCUAAAUUAUACAAUUUUUGACAGAAAUUUGUAUUUUUGUUCUUAAAAUAUAACAAAAAAUAUACGAAAAUAUAUUUCAACCGUUUUUCCCCUGACCAAAAUAACAUUUUAAAUACUUUGUGGACAAUCCUCCCCUUUAGAUGCCAAGACAAACAUCCGUCUUCGUCGCGAUUCUUGCUGAUCAACAAAAACUAUUCAUGUAUUUCUAUUUUUGCAUUUAACUAUAACAAUAAACAUUAGAUAAAUUAUAUAGAGUAUGCGUAGAAUUUACUCUACCAUAUCAAUCUAUAAUGUUUUAGAAUAUAUCUUUAAAAUAAACCUUAAGUGUUUCUGUUCGUUCUUUUUCAUUCACCGUGUUUCUUUUUGGUCGUCCCACAAUGACACGGAACACUUUUGUUUACUGUCUGGAGUCAAGCCGUCUAUAGAAGCAAUGCGCAGUUUCUUAAUAAUGAUCUAAAUUAGCAUUUUGUUUUAAUGCAUAAGUAUAUGUAUAAUAUAUUCUGAAUAACGUUGGACGAAGUAUCGAUUUAAGAUGAUCGAGGUGGUGGCUUCAAUGGCUCGAGGCCCCGUUUUCUUGGCUGGGGAGCUGAUGGAGUGCCUCAUAACGUUCACUAACCCGAUGUCUCACCUUUCUACCUCCGCGAGCAGCGAGAUGCUGGCGUGGGCCAGUGCCCAGAUCCACUGUCAGUUUCACGCCAGUGAAAACAGAGUCGCCCUGCCGACCCGCGGCAACAAACAGGACGUCCAGGCUGAGAGCGACACGGUGCUUAUUCCAAGCAGAGGAGAACGAGGACAGUGUGUGCUGGACACCCCCCCCAAAAUAUUGUUUUGUGACCUGCGAUUGGAUCCUGGAGAGAGAAAAACUUAUUCAUACAGUGAAGUCGUCCCUGUGGAUGGACCCCCCAGCUUCCGUGGUCAAGCAGUGAAAUACGUCUACAAACUGACCAUCGGCUGUCAGAGGGUCAACUCUCCCAUCAAACUACUGCGAGUUCCUUUCAGAGUUCUGGUUCUGCAAGGCAUGCCGGAGCCUCCAUUUCCUCAGGAUGAGGAAGUCUCUCCUUCUAACCCCUUCCUGGAGGAAGAGGAAGUGAGUCGCCGGGACGCCCGGCCUCUGGAGAGAGCUCUGGACAUGCUGAUGGUCACCACGUCCAGACGCUCCCCCCAUAUGUUUAAUAUCACCAACACACGAGGAAAAGUAGCAAAGUUUUGCAUCUUCAAGACCGUUUACAGGCUCGGCGAGGAAAUCAUCGGCACAUUCAACUUCUCAGAGGGAGACAUUCCAUGUUUACAGUAUUCGGUGAGCCUGCAGAGCGAGGAGGAGAUCCAGGACCAGUACCAGCGCCGGCCCGGACAAGCCGUGAGCGUGACCGGACACGGGCGCCACCUGGAGUCCUGCCUCCACACGGCCUCCAGCCACUUCUCCCUCCCCAUCCCGCUGAACGUCACGCCCGGCUUCAGCACAGACGUCGUGGCUCUGCGGUGGCGCCUGCACUUUGAAUUCGUCACGGCCCGGGAACCCAUGGAAGCGCCCACCGUCCUGCAGAACCAGGCAGAGGUCACCAUCUGGGCCGGGGCGGAGCACGUGGACGUGGACACCUUCAGCUGGAACCUGCCCAUCAAAGUUCUGCCCACGAACCCCGCUCUGGCGUCCUACGUGUCUCAGUUCACCGGGACCAACAGGAUUGACAUUUGAGCUGAACAGGAAGAAGUCUCACUUUUGAGAAAUAUUCCACAAAGACAUGAUUCCAGGUUACAUCCAAAACUGUCAUAUUUUCAACUUACUGUAUGAUUUAAGGUGUUUUUCUCCUUCUGCUAUUUUAGGUUCAUUUUAAGUUUUGGGAGAAAGUCUAUUUAUUUCUUUUUUUCUUUUUUUUAAUUUGCACACUAACGGUUCCUCUUGUUUUGUUUUUUGUUGUUUCUAGUUUGUUUUCAGCUUUUACAAAGGCCGUGUUGUGAUGUAACAACUGCUGGAGUAAAUUAAAAAAAAGAUUAAAAAUCA